AUGACAGGUAAAGGCAGGGAGCUGGUAGAUAUGAUGCAGAGGAGGAAAGUCGACAUUCUGUGUGUCCAGGAGACCAGGUGGAAAGGGAGCAAGGCUAGAAGCAUUGGAGCAGGGUUUAAACUGUUUUAUCAUGGUGUGGACAGGAAGAGAAAUGGAGUAGGAGUAAUCCUGAAGGAGGAGUUUGUGAAGAAUGUUCUGGAGGUAAAGAGAGUGUCAGAUAGGUUGAUGAGUCUGAAGCUGGAAAUUGAAGGUGUGAUGUUGAAUGUUGUUAGUGCUUAUGCUCCACAAGUAGGUUGUGAGCAAGAGGAGAAAGACAGAUUCUGGAGCGAGCUUGAGGAAGUGAUGCAGAGUGUUCCCAGAGGUGAGAGAGUGGUGAUAGGGGCAGACUUUAAUGGACAUGUUGGUGAAGGGAAUAGUGGGGAUGAGGAAGUGAUGGGGAGGUUUGGUCUUCAGGAAAGGAACCCAGAAGGACAGAGGUUGGUAGACUUUGCUAAAAGUAUGGAGAUGGCUGUGGUGAACACGUACUUUCAGAAGAGGCAGGAACACAGGGUGACAUAUAAGAGUGGUGGCAGGAGCACACAGAUGGAUUAUAUCUUAUGUAGACGCUGUAAUCUGAUGGAGAUUGGCGAUUGCAAAGUAGUGGUAGGAGAGAGUGUAGCUAGACAGCAUAUGAUGGUGGUGUGUAAGAUGACUCUGGUGGUGAGGAAGAUGAAGAGAGCAAAGGCAGAGCAGAAGACAAAGUGGUGGAAGUUGGAAAAGGAAGAGUGUUGUGUGGUUUUCAGGGAGGAGUUGAGACAAGUUUUAGGUGGUCAGGAGGUGCUUCCAGAUGACUGGACUACUAUAGCCAAAGUGAUCAGGGAGACAGGUAGGAAGGUGCUAGGUGUGUCAUCUGGAAGGAGGAAAGAAGACAAGGAGACUUGGUGGUGGAAUGAGGAAGUUCAGGAGAGUAUCCAGAGGAAGAGGUUAGCUAGGAAGAAGUGGGACAGUGAGAGGACGGAGGAAAGUAGACAGGAAUAUAGGGAGAUGCAGCGUGAGGUUAAGGAGGUUAAGAUAAAGGCCAAACAGAAAGCUUAUGAGGACUUGUAUGCAAGGUUAGAUAGUAAGGAAGGUGAGGAAGGUGAGUAUCGGUUGGCGAGGCAGAGGGAUAGAGAUGGAAAGGAUGUGCAGCAAGUUAGAGUGAUUAAAGAUAGAGAUGGAAAUGUGUUGACAGGUGACAGGAGGGUGAGGGAAAGAUGGAAGGAGUACUUUGAGGAACUGAUGAAUGAGGAAAAUGACAGGGAGAGAAGAGUAGUAGAGGCAAAUAUUGUUGAGCAGGAAGUAGAAAGGAUUAGCAAGGGUGAAGUGGGUGAAGUUUUGAAGAGGAUGAAGAGAGGAAAGGCGGUUGGUCCUGAUGACAUACCAGUGGAGGUAUGGGAGGUAUGGAGAGAGAUGGCAGUAGAGUUUUUAACUAGGUUGUUCAACGAGGUCUUAGAGAGUGAGAGGAUGCCUGAGGAAUGGAGGAGAAGUGCUCUGGUGCCGAUUUUUAAGAACAAGGGAGAUGUGCAGAGUUGUGGGAACUACAGAGGUAUUAAGCUGAUGAGCCAUACAAUGAAGUUGUGGGAAAGAGUAGUGGAAGCAAGGCUAAGGGGAGAAGUGAGCAUUUGUGAGCAGCAGUAUGGUUUCAUACCAAGAAAGAGCACUACAGAUGCGUUAUUUGCGUUGAGAAUGUUGAUGGAGAAGUACAGAGAGGGUCGGAAAGAGCUGCAUUGUGUCUUUGUAGACUUAGAGAAAGCGUAUGACAGGGUGCCAAGAGAAGAGCUGUGGUAUUGUAUGAGGAGGUCUGGAGUGGCAGAGAAGUAUGUUAGAGUGGUGCAGGAUAUGUAUGAGAGCAGUAGGACAGUGGUAAGGUGUGCGGUAGGUGAGACAGAGGAGUUCACGGUGAAGGUGGGACUGCACCAAGGAUCGGCUUUGAGCCCCUUCUUGUUUGCGGUGGUGAUGGACAGGCUGACAGAUGAGGUCAGACAGGAAUCUCCAUGGACUAUGAUGUUUGCGGAUGACAUUGUGAUCUGUAGUGAGAGCAGGGAGCAGGUGGAGGAAAGGCUAGAGAGGUGGAGGUUUGCUCUGGAGAGAAGAGGAAUGAAGGUUAGUCGCAGCAAGACAGAAUACAUGUGUGUGAAUGAGAGGGAUCCAAGUGGAACAGUGAGGUUACAGGGAGAAGAGAUAAAGAAGGUGCAGGAUUUUAAGUACUUAGGGUCAACAGUCCAGAGCAAUGGGGAGUGUGGAAAAGAGGUGAAGAAGCGUGUGCAGGCAGGUUGGAAUGGGUGGAGAAAAGUGUCAGGUUUGUUGUGUGAUAAAAGAGUACCAGCAAGAAUGAAAGGAAAGGUGUACAGGACAGUAGUGAGACCAGCGAUGUUGUAUGGUUUGGAGACAGUUGCACUGAGGAAAAGACAGGAGGAAGAGUUAGAGGUAGCAGAGCUGAAGAUGUUGAGGUUCUCUUUGGGAGUGACGAGGAUGGAUAGGAUCAGGAAUGAGUACAUCAGAGGGACAGCACAUGUGACAGGUUUUGGAGACAAAGUUAGAGCGGCCAGAAAUCCUCCACCCACCCUACACCAACCAGAGCUCUGGUCAAACGAUUUUAACGAUUUCAUAUGCAAGUGUCUGAUAAAGGAUUUUGAGCUCAGGCCCAAUGUGUUUGACCUUCUUCAGCAUGUCUUCAUCAAACAGAUUGUGGGCCGAGAGAAGACGCUGCAGAAGCAGCUGAUGGAGCUAAUCGACCUCAACCAACAAAUGGGCGUUAUCGAGAAAACAAGCCAUCUUGGAAUAUCUGAAAGGAGAGACAGUGAUUCCAGGCAUGAGCGGAUCCACACCAAAAAAGGCAGCUACAUGAAGUCUCAAAGUCAAACCUGUGAUGAUGUGGAUGAUCUGUCAACCCUAGAGGUUCUAGAUGAAAACACAAUCACUGAACAGCUACAGAGACGUUACGCAAAGGAGCAGAUCUAUACCUACGUUGGAGACAUCCUCAUAGCGGUUAAUCCAUUCCACAAAACGGAGCUGUACAUGCCGGAGAAUUCUAAGGUUUAUAUUGGAGCCAAAAGAACGUCCAACCCUCCUCAUAUAUAUGCAGUUGCAGACAUCGCAUAUCAGUCCAUGGUGUCCUAUAAUGCUGAUCAGUGCAUUGUCAUUAGCGGAGAGAGCGGUGCUGGGAAAACAGAAAGUGCCCACUUAUUAGUCCAACAGCUGACCGUCCUUGGAAAGGCAAACAAUCGGACCCUCCAAGAGAAGAUUUUGCUGGUCAAUAGUCUGGUGGAGGCCUUUGGAAAUGCCUGUACUGUGAUCAAUGAUAACUCCAGUCGUUUUGGGAAGUAUCUGGAGAUGAAGUUCACCUGUGGAGGGACCGUGGUGGGAGCUCAGAUCUCAGAUUACCUGCUGGAGAAGUCUCGGGUCGUACACCAGGCCGUAGGGGAACGUAACUUCCACAUCUUCUAUUAUAUCUAUGCCGGUCUGGCUGAGAGGAAGAAACUCGGCCACUACAAGCUGUCAGACAGCAAAACUCCAAAGUAUCUCCACAAUGAGAAUGUGAAAUUAGUGCCUGACAUUGUGGGCAAUGCCUUCUAUAAGGAGCAGUUUGAGACAGUAGAGCAGUGCUUCAAAGUUAUCGGCUUCACCCUAGAGGAGCUCGGGAGUGUUUACAGUAUCUUAGCUGGGAUCCUAAAUGCAGGAGAUGUCGAGUUCACGUCAGUCGCUUCCGAACAUCAGAUGGACAAAAGCAACAUUUCCAACAUGGCAGUACUAGAGAGUGCUGCAUCGCUGUUGUGUAUCCAUGCGGAUGAGCUCCAGGAAGCGCUGACCUCUCACUGUGUGGUCACACGGGGCGAAACCAUCGUCAGAUCAAACACAGCGGAGAAGGCCACUGAGGUACGGGACGCUAUGGGCAAAGCCCUCUAUGGACGCCUGUUCAGCUGGAUCGUCAACCGCAUCAACUCUCUCCUGAAACCAGACAACGACAACCAGUCAGGGGAGGAAGACAAAGGUCUAAACAUCGGUAUUCUGGACAUCUUUGGCUUUGAAAACUUUAAGAGGAACUCUUUUGAGCAGCUCUGCAUCAACAUUGCCAAUGAGCAGAUCCAGUUCUACUUCAACCAGCACGUCUUCGCCUGGGAACAGGAUGAGUAUCUGAACGAAGACGUGGACUCUCGAGUGAUUGAAUAUGAAGACAACCGGCCGCUGCUGGACCUAUUCCUUCAGAAGCCCAUGGGCAUGUUAGCGCUACUGGACGAGGAGAGUCGCUUUCCUCAGGCUACUGACCAGACCCUCGUCGAGAAAUUUGAGGACAACUUAAAGUCCCAAAACUUCUGGAGACCAAAGAGGGUUGAUCUGGGCUUUGGAAUCCAUCACUACGCAGGCAAGGUGAUCUAUAAUGCCGGCGGUUUUCUGGCUAAGAACAGAGAUGCUCUGCCCGCUGAUAUUGUUCUUCUGCUGAGGUCCUCAGAGAAUGAACUGAUCCGUAAACUGGUUACUCACCCGCUCACUAAAACAGGUAACCUGGCUCACACUAAAGGCAAGGCUGCGGGAUCUGCUCGUAUGGGCACACAACAAUCACAAGGCACCAUUAACUUUGCCAAGCUGGAGGGUCUUAUGUUGUUCAGUAUUGUAUCAUUCGGUGAGUCUUCCUCUCGGAAAUUAACUCCCACCCAUGACAAAGCAAUGCUUGCCUUGCCUGUUGACACUGUACAAACGGCGGAGGGCACGGGAGACACCACACAUCACCCCAGAGAGACCACCAACAUGAAGACUCAAACUGUGGCCUCUUACUUCAGAUAUUCUCUAAUGGACCUGUUAUCAAAGAUGGUGGCAGGCCAGCCUCACUUUGUGCGUUGCAUAAAACCCAACAAUGAUCGCCAAGCCCAUAAGUUUGACAGGGAGAAGGUUCUAAUCCAAUUACGCUACACUGGUAUUCUAGAGACGGCCAAGAUACGCAGACAGGGCUACUCUCAUCGCAUUCUCUUCAACAACUUCAUUGAAAGAUACUCUAUAUUAGCAUUUAGAGCCAAUGAGGAGCCAGCAAUGAAUCCUGAGACAUGUGCUGUUAUUUUGGAGAAGGCCAAACUAGAGAACUGGGUUCUAGGAAAAACAAAGGUAUUUCUUAAGUACUAUCAUGCGGAGCAACUGAAUCUGAUGGUGAGGCAGACCACGGACAGGAUUGUUCUGGUCCAAGCAUAUGUACGGGGCUGGCUGGCAUUUAAACGAUACCGUUUGAUGCUGGAAAAGCGAGAACAAAGUGCCGUGGUGUUGCAGUCAGCAUACAGAGGACACAAAGUUAGGAAAAGAGUGGCUGAUGACAAAAGCAAAGCAAAGUCAGAAGCUUUUAUCACACAAUUCCAAGCAGUUUGCAGAGGAUAUCUGGCAAGGCAGAAAUACAAGGAGUUGCUAGAUGAGAAGAACAAAGCUGCUGCAAAGAUCCAGGCCCAUUACAGGGGGCACAAAGAGAGGAAAAGCUUCAAGAGGAAAAAGGAAGCCAUGCAGAAGGAAAAAGUUGAGAAGACAGAGGAAGUGACGGAGGUCCCAUCAGAAUCAGAAGAUCCAGUUACAGAGGAACCUCCACAGGAAGGAGGUGAAGUGGUAAUGGAUGAAGCUGAUGAAAAGGCUGCUGUGGUCCUCCAGAGCAACUACCGAGGUUACAGGGAAAGGAAGAAAUACAAGGAGCAUCGGGAACGUAACAAGACUUUAACAGGGGAUGAGCUGGCCGUUUCCUCAUCCACCCCUGAAGAAGUCACUCCUGGAGAAGAUGUGGAUGCUAUACAAGAGGAAGUACAGGAGAAUAUGGAGGAAGAAGGGAAGGAGGCUGAGGAAGAGGCUGCAAGUGGAGGAGAUGAGAACAAUGAACAGGAAUCCAAGGCAGCCACUGUUAUCCAGAGCAACUUCAGAGGUCAUAAAGAACGUAAAAGACUCCAAGAGGAGGGGAAGAUGCCAGUUAGAGGGAAGAAGGAGACAAAGAGUCCUCCAGUUGAAGAGGAGCUUCCUAUUCCAGAUCCACCACCUCCAGAAGAACUGAUGGAAUUCACUGAGGACAUGGAACAGGAAGAUGAGGCUCCAGCUGAACCAGCAGGAGAAGAUGAAGAGGCCAAAGCCGCUGUGGUUCUUCAGAGCAACUUCCGUGGCCAAUUAGAGCGUAAAAGGCUCCAGGAGGAAGGCAAAAUCCCCAAGAAAAAGCCAAAAGAAGAUAUGGCUAAUCCAGACGCUUCAGAACCAGACAUUUCUCUUGAGGAACUCCCACCACCUCCAUUAGAAUUCGAGCUAGACCAAGAGCUAGAUUCCAGUCAGUCUCCAGGGGCAGAUGAAGAACAUGCUGCAACUGUUUUACAGAGCAAUUUCAGAGGCCACCAGGAGAGAAAGCGAUUGAGAGCAGAGAGAGAAGGAGCCACUGGAAAAGAGCAAGAAAUUGUUGAAGAGAUGGAGGAACAGGAGAAUGGGGAGGCUCUGGACAUCACAGAUGUUCAGCUGGAACGGAAGGGGGUAGAAGAAGAGGAGGAUUCUCAGGCUGAGGAAGCCCAAUAUGAUGAGGAGCAGGCAGCCAUUAAAAUCCAGAGCAAUUUUAGAGGUUACAAAGACAGAAAGAACCUGAAAGCUACAUCACAAAAACAGGAUGAGGAAGUGGAGGCACUCUGCAAACAGGUAACCAAAGUCUCUGAAGAUUUCUUAUCACUGCAGAAGAAGUUAAAUGAAAUCAUACUUGCCCAUCAGCUCAACCCCAGCGAAAAUGGGAUGUUUGUGAAAGGACAACCUAUGAAUGGUUACAUGAGCUACUACCAGCCACCAGCCGACACAAUGCAGUCACGAACGUCUCGCCGCACACAGCAACCAAAGACCCUGAACACACCAGAGGACUCCACAUACUACACACUCAUUCAUAGGUCUGUCCAGGACGAUAAAAGGAGGCCAAGAAAACAAAGCCCCAAAAGGCUGGACAAUGAUGACCAGUACUACCAGGGUUUGUCCAGCACAAAGUCCACAAGCCUGCCCAGUGACAGACGCCGCUACAGCAAACGGAGGUCUUCCACUGAAAGAAGAAGCUCUUCUGAGAGACCACGGUCUGAUGUCCCCAAAUCUGACCUCCCUAAGGACCCAACGGAGAAAAGGCACUCGUUCUCUAGAAUGCCCUCUACAGAGAGUCAAAGUGAGGACAACCCUUAUGACUACAGAAAGAUACUGAGGAAGACCUCCCAGAGACGAAAGCUAAUAACACAGCCCUAACCAUCAAGCUUCAGAACUUCUGUAAAUACUGUCAGUGACUGAUGAAGUCAGCAGAAAAUAAAGAAAUUCGGGUUCACCUAAAAAUGACAUUUCUGGCAUCAU